AUGCACCCUCUAAAUCCUUUCCUGCGUGCCUUCUUCCGAAGCACUGUUCCGGGGCAGUGUAUACCAACGGAGAACCAUGUUCUCCUCGUUCCUGUGACCGAAUCGCUCAUCGGCUCCCGCGAUCGCGAGUCGUCUCUUUACUAUUCCGAUCUCGUCGUCUCCGAAGAGUUUCUAGGCAGCCAUGCGCUCCGAAUUCCCGUCACAAAUGGAACCACCGGAACAAAGGAUGACACGAAUGUCCGCGACAGUAGGGGGAAGGCAAAGCAGGUGACUACCGUGAAUGGCCGCACUGUGAUCAUAAAAGAGAAUUCAGUUUACAGCAAUAAAGGGUUCAAGUCUUUAACCCAAGCCCAGCUGCUGUCUGACGCCCUCUAUUACACACCAAGCAAUGGGUCCCAACCAUGGCUUAUCUACUACAUCUCCCGACCAUUGAUCGGCUCGUUCGAACCCGGCAAGAUCAUUUCUGCUGUGGUGCCAGGGACACUGCCAAAGAGGAGUAUUUCAGGCAACAGUGCCAAGUCUGGGGAGCCGGUCUCCUCGCCCGCAAAGAAGGAGAUCAAGACCUUUGCAGAACUAUUGUCACAUUUUCCAAUGAUCGCAAGGCAGAUGCAACCUGGGUUAGAGAGAUUAUUCCGGGAAUUUGGAAAAGAAUUAGGCAAACCGUUACCUCCCCCUCCAUCACGCUCACCUGUACUGUCCGAAGAUUUUGAUUGGAAACGUGACCGCGAUGAUGCACCUAUCGACGAGACAGCUUCCGUGCGCAGUUCAUCGUCACGCUUCAAAGAUGGGCUGCCAUUCAACUCGGAAGAGUAUUUUGAAGAUGAUGAGGAUCUCAUGCGUCGCAGCCUAGAGACAGCGGUCACCGCAGCCAUUGACCUCUUUCGAUUAGUAGAUAAACAGCAAUUGUCUUUUCUCGGUGCCACGACUGACCUGACUGGACCUCUCGUCGAGAGAUUGAUCGAACGCUACGUCGCGGAGCAGGUGCACGAAUCUCUUCUGUUCCCCCGUCUAUGUAGUUUCCGCCAGCCCGAGGAUACUGAGUUGGAUACUAGGAUCCGCCAGAUGGAGAGUAUAGACGUUUCGCAGGUGGGCAUAGUCGUGGAGGGUGGCCGAGAAGGCAAGCGGGAAUUACUGAAGCGCCUUGGUAGAGCAGUGGAGGAGUUUCGCAAAAUGCUGGAUGCAAAAUGUCCCCAUGAUAUGCUGAGCAUCUUGCUGGAAACAGUAAAGAUUCUGUCGUAUCCUGGCAAUUAUGAUAAAGCCGACCCACAAGCAUCUGAGAAGCGGAAUGCACCUGUAACAGUGAACGCUGAUGUUUUGGUCUCAUUGCUGCUUGUCGUGGUCAUUAGAUCUCAGACCAAGCAUUUACAAGCACGACUGUUGUAUAUGCAGCACUUCAUCUAUGUUGACGACGUCGACAGCGGAGAAAUGGGCUACGCUCUGAGUACCUUUGAAGCAGUUCUCACGUACCUUGUGACUGAUUCAGCAGGCCUUCGAAGGUCGAGCAUUCGGAACAAGCGCCUAUGGAAUGCAACCAAAAGUGGACGAAUUGCUGAUAUGAGGGCUAUCCUGGAACCAGACGGUAGUCAAGAAUCGAUAGAUGAUAUACCGUGUGAGCCUGAAGGGAGUCGAUUUUCAUUUAGAACCGACGAGAACGAUGAAUAUACUCGACUCUCAUUGUCCCUGCCCAUCCUUGGUGGGCGCAACGAAAGCAAUAGUGAACUAGCGGUCCAUGAUACCCCAUCGGAUACACCACCUUUAGCACACGUAUUCCCUUUUCAGACAUGGGCAAGCAGCUCUCCACCGGAGGCAAUCCGGCGCCCUAUCAAGAAGAAGGUAUCUAUGGAUGUCCGCAGUCUAUCUGAGUCCUCAGCUAUUUCGUUCGCUUCUCGUACGACUACGAUGGGGUCCAUGACGAGUACGAUCGAAGGAGACAGCUCUAUUGAGACGUUGACCAAGACCCAGGAUCCCGCAGGUCAUUCGAUUCCCAUGAUGGCAGUCGAGAAUCGUCAACCAGAAGCCCUGAACUAUCUGCUUACUCUGGAGGAGUACUAUCCCUUGGAAGACAUUCUUGACGAUACAAAUACGGAUGGGACAACGUUGCUAAAUGCAGCUGUCCAACUCGCGCACCCUGAGAUGGUUGACAUUAUACUCGACUACCUCUUCAACACAACAGACGAGCAAACGAUCGUCUCCUACUUGAGGAAGUCGGAUAUUCAUGGACGUACUGUCGCUCAUUAUCUCUUCAGCACCCCUUCGGUGAUGCGUAAGCUGGAAACAUUGCUUCCAUGGCGCCAACGUGAUAAGCAUGGACAGACGCCGCUAUUUGCUCUAUGUAGAUCUUACGACCACCCUGACUACAGCUCGAUGGUUAAGGAGGCGUUGACGGCUGCUCAGAAAUCUCAAGGCGAUGGCCGACCAUUACGUUUGGACGAUCAUAUUGACGCGAAAGGGAAUACCUUGCUACAUAUCGUCAGCGACCCUGACAUUACCAUUAGGAUCCUGCAAGAAUGCGACUGUGAUCCAAAUGCGACGAAUGACAAGAGGUUCACCCCUUUGAUGAUGGCCAGCAAAUAUGGCCGCAUCGACCAAGUUCGGAUUCUUUUCAUGGACCCUAGGGUGGAUGUGCAUCUUAAAGAGGCCCGCGGACUUACGGCUGUUGAACUGGCGAAGGAUGAUGAAGUGCGAAACCGCAUCGAUGAUCUCAUCCUCAUCUCCAAUCCACCUGCAGUCACGGACGACCCCUCCGGUCGGGUCACCACUGUAGUCCGUUCAUUCUUCGUGGAAGAUGCAACUGUACGCUUUGUUCUCAAGUCCGGGGCCCCCAACCCUCCACCGAACUCUGCAGAAUCCCGACUGGCACCGACCACCACCUACACUGUCACAACAUGUAAGCGUACAUUUACUGACUUUGAAAAUCUCGCCAAAUGGCUUUCUAUUGAGCACCCCGCCUCAUACAUGCCCUUGCUCUCCGAUUUCCGCUCUCCCUUCCAGAUUCACUCGAAGCCAUCUCGCUCGGUUCUUCACGACAUGCAGGCAAAACUAGAUAGGUUUCUCAAGAUUUUACUCUCUCACCCAACCUUCUCAACCCACGAAAUGCUCUGGGAGUUCUUCCUCGUUCCAGAACUCCAGCCGGAGAUGAUGGCAGAUCGCUCUCGCCGCAAAGCGCAAGUUCUCUACGAGUCAAUCGCAGACGACUACGAGCCCGUCACCCAGGAGGGUAUGCGCGAGACGGAGCAAUUCGUCACACACGCACAAGACAUGGUUCGCGCCGUUCAUGCCAACACGCGCAGUCUGAUCCGUCGUGGCUACGCUUUCCAGAACUCCGCCUCCGACAUAGCCGAUGCACUGGGCCUAUGUUCCUCCGCCAUCUCAACCCUUAAGGAACCUACCAACGCUCUUCCCCAGUCCCACGUCGAUGCAUUUUGCCGCUAUGCCUCUUACCUCUCGACCUCCUCAUCCGACUCCUCUCCCCUCCUCCAGUUCCUCAACACCGUCACCUCCAUUGACAACACCACAUCCGCCAUUCUAGACUCCCUCUCCCGCCCCAUCAACGUAAUAUCCACCCUCACAUCUACUUCACGCUCCCUCUCCCGCUCCCGGUCCUCCCUGGUUUCUUCGUCCCUGCCUAGAAAAUUCAACCUCAACUUCCCCGGUCUUGAAGAGUCCCGCCAAAAGUCCGUCCGCGAACUAGAGAACAAGAUCCAAGAAUCCGAAACCCAGAUCGCCCGCCUUUCCCGCGAGAUCACCUGGAACAAAGAUGUGGUCGUUAGUGAACUAGCUGGCUGGACAACCUGGAGAGAGAAAGUCGGUCGAGACGCGAUCCGCGCUUUCGCAAAGGCCACUCUUGUCCGUGAGAAGGAGCGAGGAAAGAGACUUGAGCGGUGUCUGAGGAGUGUGCGUCAGUCUGAUGAUCGUGCUGCAUAA